AUGACUCCGACGCAAAAUGAUCAGCCAGGAACUUCGCCGGCACCGACCGCACCUGGAAACCAGGUUGAUGUCGAGGAGGAGGAGGAGGAGGAGGAGGAGGAGGAGGGGGAGGAGGAGGAGGAGGAGGAGGAGGAGGAGGAGGAGGAGGAGGAGGAGGAGGAGGAGGAGGAGGAGGAGGAGGAGGAGGAAAGCGAUGACGAAAACGACGAGCGUCCACCGCGUAGCACUAAUCAGCGCACCUUGGAAGAACGACUCAGGCGGGAACUUGAAUUCAUAGAUGAACUGCUCGAACAGGACGAGGAUGCACUCCGCUUGUCGGAAGCACGGAGAGUGCCGGAGGCCCCGCCGUCGGCACCCGUGCAAGCUCCCAGUGAGGGUGGCUCGGCGGAUUCGGCCAACACGGGGGCUGAGAAACCCCCGCCACCCCCACAGUUGGACGAGGAGGCUAGUUACGAGCUCAACGUGGUGCAACCGUGGCGGGAUGCAAAGAACGUGAGGGACGCUUGGCGCCUAUGGAACUCCGCCACCGCCAAUGACACCCGUCGCCUUUGCGACAGGAUCGCCGAGCCGGGCUUCAUCGACCGCCACACCCUCCUGUCAGGCGCGAUGCAGGGUGCACUCAACAUGAGGGUUCGCCGCAUGCUCAAGGUCAUGGAUGCGGUGCGCCAGCUACGCGCGAGCGAUGGCGAUGCCGACACCGAGGCCGUGGUCGAUGCGCUGCACAGGAUCGCGGCACCGGGCAUCGGGACCUUCUGCGACGCCCUCACGAUUCUCAAACCGGGAACGACACCGAUGUUGUCUAAAGCGCCUGGCAUGGGAAUCAAGGGGUUGGGCCCCAAGGUGGUCUUGAAGCUUCGCCUCGCCUGUGCGCUUGUGGCGCUCAAACUGAAGCCGAGUGAUUGGGGCACCGCCCUGUUUCCAGACACACGGGAGGAGCAGAUGCCGAAGACCAAGGCCGACCUGGCGAAGCCGACCGCACCGGCCAAGUCGACAGCACCGGCCAAGCCGACCGCACCCGUGCAGCGUCCUCCGACCAAGCGCAAGAAGUAG